GUGCAUGAUUUCACUGCAAGCGAAAGAAGGAAACAAAACGAGAAAUUCUGAAGACGUCGGAACUUGUGACGAAAUUGUGAACAUGGAUGUGUGAAUAGGCCUUUUGGAAUACUCUAAGGACUACUAUUCCUUCCCUUGUCUCUCUAUUGAAGGCGCUGUUGGAAGCAAAGGCCAUGGGAUAUUUUUGACGACAAUUUUUUCGCGUGCUUUUUACACGCGGACGGACAUCGGCGAAGCUGGAAGUUUCCGUUCAAUUCAAAGUUGAAGCCAUCAUCUUUUCCUAUUGAUCCUGCGACGGAAUUGAAGAAGAAGAGUUUAAAUCCAAAUGCAGUGACUUACAUAUAGUCAAUAACACUGUAUAUUCUUUUUCUAAAUCUUGAAAAACUAAACACAGCUUUUAUUGAUGUUUGAGGACAGAAGCUUUUGUCCAUAGAUACACGACCAACGUAGGAGAAAGUAUAGAAAGCACAUAACAUAUCGGAUUCCUGGAUAAAUUAUAAGGCUGAAAUGGUGGACGUGGACCCAGAUACGCUUUUGGAAUGGCUCAAUAUGGGGCAAGGGGACGAACGAGAUAUGCAACUUAUAGCGUUGGAACAGCUUUGUAUGUUGUUACUAAUGUCAGACAACAUCGAUCGGUGUUUUGAAAGUUGUCCUCCGAGAACCUUUUUACCAGCACUUUGCCGCAUUUUCCUGGAUGAGUGUGCCCCAGAGAAUGUUCUUGAGGUGACGGCACGUGCAAUCACUUAUUAUCUGGAUGUGUCUGCUGAGUGCACAAGGAGGAUAGUAGCUGUUGAUGGUGCACUGAAAUCUCUUUGUAACAGAUUGGUUAUUGUAGAGCUGUCUUCAAGGACCAGUAAAGAUCUAGGGGAGCAAUGUGUUAAGGUCCUUGAGUUGAUCUGCACAAGGGAAGCAGGUGCAGUGUUUGAGGCGGGAGGACUUCAGUGCGCCCUGACCUUUAUCCGUGAGUUUGGCAGCGCAGUUCACAAGGACACCCUACACUCUGCCAUGAAUGUCGUCACUCGUCUGUGUGGGAGAAUGGAACCUCAGGAUCAAAACCUGGAGACAUGUGUCAAGUCUCUGUCAACACUUCUUGAACACGAGGAUAAAUAUGUAUCAGAUGGGGCUCUUAGAUGUUUUGCCUCUUUGGCUGACCGCUUCACGCGCCGUGUGGUGGACCCUGCGCCCUUGGCUAAGCACGGACUGACUGGGGAGCUUCUUCGGCAACUGGCUAGCGCUGCUGGAGCCAACGAGAGAAGUACCAGCAGUAGUGCCACCCCUGACGCCAAGACUAACAACACCUCAGUGUCAACAAUUGUCAGUCUUCUGAUAACCUUAUGUAGAGGCUCACCAGCAAUAACACAUGAUUUGUUACGAUCAGAGCUUCCAGAUGCCAUAGAAAAAGCCCUACAAGGGGAGGAGCGUUGCAUCCUGGACACUAUGCGACUUGUUGAUCUGUUGCUUGUACUACUGUUUGAAGGCCGCCAAGCCCUGCCAAAGUCAAGUGUCUCUCUCCCUAGAGGGGGAGGUCCAGGAAUACGGCGAUUUGAUGGCUCCAGUGAAAGAUCUCAUCGGCAAUUGAUUGACUGUAUUAGAAGCAAGGACACUGAUGCUUUGAUUGAUGCUAUUGAAAAUGGUGGUUUUGAGGUGAACUUCAUGGAUGAUGUUGGACAGACUCUUCUCAAUUGGGCAUCAGCAUUUGGAACACUAGAAAUGGUUGAAUAUUUGUGUGAAAGAGGAGCAGAUGUGAACAGAGGUCAGCGGUCAUCGUCUCUCCACUAUGCUGCUUGCUUUGGUCGACCAGCUGUAGCCAAGACUCUGUUGCGGCAUGGCGCUAACCCUGACCUGCGUGAUGAGGAUGGCAAGACUCCCAUGGACAAGGCCAGAGAAAGGAAUGAUGAAGGACAUCGUGAAGUCGUCCAUAUACUGCAGUCACCAGGGGAGUGGAUGGUCCCAGUAACAACAACAGCCCAAGAAGCAUCAACACCAUCCACACCAGUAGAAGAAACACCCACCCCUGCCCAACCGAGUGAGAGCCAAGAAACAGAAGAACAACAAGAAUGCAAGGAAGAGCCCACAGAAGAACCACAAAAAGAAGAAGAAAUCGUUGGAGACCCAGAAAUGGCCCCUAUAUAUCUCAAAACCUUACUCCCUGUGCUGGCUAGGAACUACUUGAAUACAAUGAUGCCAACUAUAAGGAAAGCAACUCUAGCGCUGAUCCGUAAGAUGGUGCAUUACUCCUCCCAGCCGUUGCUGAGUGAGCUGUCAGAGGCUCCAGGGGUUGCAUCAGUAGUGGUAGAGGUGCUUGCUAUGGUUUUGGACCAUGAGGAGGACGAUGAAGGGCAUCUAACAGCGCUCAGCAUCAUCCAGGAUCUCUCUGAGAAGUGUCAGGAUCAGUACAUCAGCCACUUCUCACGUCUUGGUGUGAUCAGUCAUGUUUCUGAGUUGGCAGGACCCAUAAAGGAGAUUACCCAAGAAGAAGAACCACAAAAGACAAGAAGUGACAAGGAUGACGACACAGUGCAAGAGGACGCCAGUGAACUAGAGCAGGCCAAGCCAUACCACUGGAAUGAUUGGUGCAUCGUCCGCAACAGAGACUGCCUAUACAUGUGGAAUGAGUCCUGUGCAAUAGAGCUCUCGAACGGCAGCAACGGCUGGUUCAGGUUCAUUUUGGACGGACGUCUGGCCACUAUGUACUCUAGUGGAAGCCCAGAGGGAGGAUCAGAUUCCUCUGAAAGUAGAGGAGAAUUUCUUGAGAAACUACAACGGGCCAGAGGCCAAGUCAAGCUAGGAACACCAAGUCAACCUAUUCUCUCCUCUACUGGCCCAGCACGCCUCUCUAUUGGAAACUGGUCUUUAGCCUGUACCAAAGAGAAAGAAAUCUCCAUCCACAAUGCAGAUGGACAACAAGCUACCAUUCUCCGCGAAGAGCUGGCAGGAUUUGUGUUUGAAUCUAACCGAGGAACAAAACACACUUUUACUGCAGAGACCUCUCUGGGACAUGAGUUUGCAGCUGGUUGGACUGGAAAAAGAGGGAAAAGGUUUGUCUCUAAGGUAGAGGCACAGAAGCAAAAGGUGCGUAACCUGGCCAUGGAGAUCCAGGAAACAUAUUUCCAGGCAGCUCAGGCCAUGCCCAGAGAAGUGGUGUCCAGACUACAAGAGAUUGUGGAACAUCUAAAUGAUGCCUGCCUUUCACAACAGAAUGAAAUGAUGGGUGAGGGCAGGGAAGGAAAGUGGAGAGAGCAGAUGUACAACAGCCUUAAAGACCUUCUUACAGUUCUCAAGGAAGACACGACUGUCUCAUCUUACGAGCUACAGACUACUGGACUUGUAACAUCACUUCUCAACUGCCUGAACAUGCCAAGCAAGAGCAAAUACUCAGAUGAGAACACGUAUAACCAGAUGGUUAAGAUGAUGGCUCAGCGGAUCCAUGUGUUCAAGCAGAUGUUUGGAGAGACAGAAGACCAGGUCAAUGAGGAAAGUCCCGGUGAAGACACGCCUGCAGCAAUUUUAGUUCGUAAAUUGGUCGCUAUCCUUGAAUCAGUUGAAAAGCUGCCCGUCUAUACAUACGACUGCCCCGGAUCUGGUCUACAGGUUCUUACCAGGCGUCUUCGGUUUCAAUUAGAAAGAACCCCCGGAGAGAGUGCUUUGAUUGACAGGAGUGGGCGUACACUGAAGAUGGAACCACUGACCACUGUUGGAGCACUGGAGAGAUAUCUGCUAAAAAUGGUAGCAAAGCAGUGGCACGACUAUGAUCGAUCUACCUUCAACUACAUCCGCAAGUUGAAAUCUGGCCAACAACUGACCCUGGCACACUCUUCUGACUUUGACGAGAAUGGCAUCAUGUACUGGAUCGGCACAAAUGGAGGUACUGCACCUGACUGGACUAACCCCGCCUCGGUGGGACUGGUUGUAGUGACGUCCUCAGAGGGGAAGAGCCUUCCAUACGGCAAGCUGGAGGACAUCUUAAGCCGAGAGUCUGCAGCGCUCAACUGCCACACGAAUGAUGAUAAGAAUGCUUGGUUUUCUAUUGACUCUGGCCUCUGGAUAAUACCCACAUGCUAUACAUUGCGCCAUGCCCGUGGAUAUGGCCGGUCUGCCCUGCGCAACUGGUUAUUUCAAGCAAGUAAAGAUGGCAAACAAUGGACCACAUUGUACACACACACGGACGAUGACUCACUCAAUGAACCUGGGUCCACAGCAUCAUGGCCGAUAGAACCACCUGAAGAUACAAAGGGCUGGAGGCACUUCCGCCUGCAGCAGGCCGGCAAGAACGCUAGUGGUCAGACCCACUAUCUGUCUUUGUCUGGUUUUGAACUCUACGGUACUGUGAUCGGCGCUGUAGAAGAACCGUUAGUAUCAGAGUUCACUUCGUCAAGAACUCUGCAAGACUCUCAGAGCCGCUCUCUCAAACCCUGCUGGUCUCUACACCCUGGCAAAGCUGCAAGAGAUGUGGAGGCCGCCCUCCGUCGACAGCGCCGUCUGGUGCGUUCACAGAUGCUCAAGCACUUGGGCGUCGGAAGCAGGGUUGUCAGGGGGAUGGACUGGAAAUGGAAGGACCAGGAUGGUACCCCCCCUGGAGAGGGUAUGGUCACCUCUGAACUGCAUAAUGGUUGGGUUGAAGUGUCCUGGAACAAUGGUACAUCCAACUCAUAUCGCAUGGGUGCUGAUGGCAAAUAUGACCUCAAAGUCAUAGAGCCAAACCCCUCAACCACGCCUACUUCCUCCACGCCCACUUCCUCAUCCUCCACCAGCACACCUACCACCCUGAACACGGUCACCUCCUCUCUGCUGAUGAUGCAGGAGCGUCCGUCCACUGCUGACCAAGGUGCAUCUUCAGAUUCUGGCUCCUCCCAAGAGGUUUCACCCCGCAGUGACCACGACUCCACCCAAGUGAAGGAACAGCAAGUCGGGGGGGAGCAGCAGGAGGCAGAAGAAGAGGUGUCGCCAGAGCCUCUGGUGCUGGAGGGGAGUGAGAUGGAGGCUGCUGCGGCAGCUGCAGAGGCAGCCGAGAUUGUGGUUGAUGAUGGGGUGUCCCUUGAAGAGGACAGGGAACCUUCUCCAGACUCGCCCAUUCCGCAGGGUGACUUUGAGUGCGACAUAUACCAGACCAUGCCACCCCAGCGCUCAUCACAAGGCUCUACGCUACUUGGCACAGAGACAGACUUUUCUGGUGCUGAUGAGGCGACGGUAGACGAGCCCUUGCCCCAGUCCACCACAUCCAGUAAUAUGGUCAGCGCUAGUACCACUCUCUCUGUCGAUGUAUCCUCAACUAAAAGCCUGCUAAGCAUGGUCUACAGUAGUUGUGCUGCUGGCACCACCCCAACUGGUACACUCCACCUUGUGUCCGAUAUAGCGAGCCUUCUCAGCAUGGUUCAAAGCUCUGGUGAGAACAUCCCCCGUGGCGGCAGCGGUAUACCCCGAGGAUCUGAUAUCGAGGCUGAGGUGUACGAGGCUGUGCGCUCGUCUGGUUUGCUUGAUGACAUCGGUGAUGACGAUGACCUUCCUGAGCCAGAUGAUGAAGAUGAGGAUGAUGAUGAUGACGAGGACGAAGAAAAUGAUGAGGAGAACGAGGAUGACUAUGAUCUAAGUGAGGAGGUUGAGCGACCAGGCACUCGGCGACGCACAUGGGACGAUGAGUUUGUCCUGAAAAGACAAUUCUCUGCCCUUGUACCGGCAUUUGACCCUCGACCGGGAAGAACCAACGUCCAACAAACACAGGAUAUAGAAGUCCCACCUCCAGGAUCCAAACGCCCAUCCACGCCUGAGGAACCCGAGACGCCCGCUCAACCUAGUUUACUACUGUCUAUCAGAGGCCCUGCUACACACGGGCUGCCUGAGAUUGAGAUCCCGCUGGAUAAUCCGGACUCCACCAUCUUCUCGUAUGUACAACGUGUCACGCUAGCAGCCGGAGGCACCAAGACCGAGCGCAUCCGUCGGCUUUGGGAACCCACCUACACGAUAACUUACCGGGAAGCACGAGACCCGAAUGAUCAGGAGUUACUCGAUAGGGAGAAAGUGAGGGAAAGCAGUGAAUCGCCGAUCCAGUGGAGUUCAACGUACAUGGAGCAUUGCCUUGGCACGGAUGAGCUGCCCAAAAGUGAAGUAAUCGCUUUCCUUCAGCAGCACGCAGACACUGCCUUCCUCAAGAAGUGGAAGCUCACGGGGACCCUCAAGGCCAUCCGCAAGAACAGGAACUGCUCACAACUAGUGGCAGCCUACAAGGAAUUCUUGAAGACCUAUGAUGGGGCUGACUCGAGACCAGGCCACAAGGACGAACACGAAGCACAGGGUACCCGUAAAACAUCACGAGGAGGAACAACCCCCAAGGAUGACCUCGCUCCGGUCGUGGACAUAUUACAGCUUCUACGACUUCUCAACGCUAUCUCGGUCUCUUCUGCUCAGCAUUUUGGCAAGGAGGCUGAUGAGAAGUACGGGUUUAUUGUCGGUCAGGAGGAUUUCAGUAGCAACAAACUCACAACCAAGCUAAUGCAGCAAAUACAGGACCCGUUGGUGCUGGCGAGUGCAGCGUUACCUGAGUGGUGUGGCCAGCUGACGUCACUCUGCCCCAUGCUCCUGCCGUUCGAGACAAGACAGCUGUACUUCUCCUGCACUGCCUUUGGAUGUUCACGAGCGAUUGUGUGGCUCCAAUCUAAGCGCGACACAGCGAUAGAUCGCAACCGCACCUCCUCGUUCAGACGCGAUGACCCUCACGAGUUCAAGAUCGGCCGACUCAAGCACGAGAGAGUACGAGUUCCCCGAGGAGAGACGUUCUUGGACUGGGCAGCCUCUAUUCUCAGAUAUCACGCCGAGAGGAAGUCGGUGCUCGAGGUGGAGUUCGAGGGCGAAGAAGGUACAGGCCUCGGUCCCUCACUCGAGUUCUACGCACUAUUCGCCGCCGAGCUGCAGAGGAAGAGUCUUGGCAUGUGGGUGUGUGAGGACGACGCUCCACAAGAACUCGUCAGAGAGGUGGAUAUCGGCCACGGUGUUCGGCCACGCGGAUAUUACGUCCAGCGAUCGUCAGGUCUCUUUCCUGCUCCCCUGCCUCAAGAUCUCCCAGACACCGAGCGGGUUGCCUCCUUCUUCAAUCUUCUUGGUAUCUUCCUGGCGAAAAGCUUGCAGGACAAUCGCCUUGUAGACAUCCCUCUUUCAAUACCCUUCCUAAAGCUCAUGUGCUCCGGUGGUAACGCUAUUAUGAGCCGCUUCACCAUUCUACCAUCCGGUUCCGGUAGCUCCUCCCGGCUGCGACACCACAGCAUGAACCUAGAAGACAGUAUCUGUUCAAGUAACUGGAGAAGCUCGAUUGAUGAUAAUACUAAUGAGUUGGACCGGCCCUCCUUGGAGGACAACCAGAACACAAUCAACAAAAUCGACUCGUAUUCCAAGGAGCAAGAGAUUAUUAAAGAAGAUCUUAAGGACGAUGAUGAGGCAGAGCUGAAGACAGGCAGUUGUGAGGAUGUGUCGGCACUGGUGCUGGAGCCGUGCUGGUUUGCUGGACUUUUGGACGAGGACAUGGCUGAUGUGGAUCCCCACAGGGCUUCAUUCCUGGACCAACUAAAGGACAUGGUUGCUCGUAGGGAUGCGAUACUUAACGAUGACUCACUCUCUACUGACGAAAAGAAAGUUAAAGUGCAGAAAUUGAAAUUUAAGACAUCGACAGAAGUGGAGUGUUCCUUGGAAGAUCUUGGCAUUACGUUUCAGUUUUCUCCAUCUUCAAAAGUAUAUGGCUUCGCAUCAACAGAUCUUUUGCCACAAGGCGACGAAUUGCUGCUGACACUCGACAAUGCAGACACGUACAUCGAGCUGCUUACUAACUUCUGUCUGUACUCGGGCAUAAGAAAGCAGAUGGAUGCCUUCAAAGACGGCUUCAACCGGGUUUUCCCCAUGGAAAAGCUGCAAAUGUUCUCUCCGGAGGAGCUCCAGCUAAUGUUGAGCGGUGAGCAAGUGCCAGAAUGGACACGCGAGGACAUACUGAACUACACGGAGCCUAAGUACGGUUACAGCAAGGAGAGCCCAGGCUUCCAGAGAUUCGUUAACGUGCUGGCGAGUAUGGAGGGCGAUGAUAGGAAGGCGUUCUUACAGUUCACUACAGGCUGUUCCUCUCUGCCACCUGGGGGACUCGCUAACCUCCAUCCACGCCUGACGGUGGUGCGCAAGGAAGGAGAGGGUGACGGCACCUACCCCUCCGUCAACACCUGCGUCCAUUACCUCAAACUGCCCGAGUACAGCUCCGAGGAGAUCCUACGGGAGAGGCUGCUUGCCGCCACAAAAGAGAAGGGGUUUCACCUGAACUAAAUAAAGGGUUGAGGGUUAACCUCCAAGCGCUUGAGAUGACUAUAUUCCCGAAGAUAUCGUAUGGAUGAAAUGUUCCUUGCUUUAGCCACAGAAGAGAAGGGGUUUCACCUGAACAGAAUAAAGGGUUGAGGGUUAACCUCCAAGCGCUUGAGGGGACUAUAUUCCCGAAGAUAUCGUAUGGAUGAAAUGUUCCUUGCUGCAGCCACAGAAGAGAAGGGGUUUCACCUGAACUGAAUAAAGAAUUGAGGGUUAACCUCCAAGCGCUUGAGGGGACUAUAUUCCCGAAGAUAUCGUAUGGAUGAAAUGUUCCUUGCUGCUGCCACAGAAGAGGGCUUUCAUAUCACUGGAACAAAGUGGAGUCAACUUCGAAACGCUUGACAGGAGUAAAGAUCCGUGGAGAUCCCGAGAGGGAGUUUUCUGGCUGCCACAAGACCACCUGAACAAUUGAAAUGAUGGAAAGGGAACGAGAGGCCACCUAAGCUGGGCUUCCAAGCGCUUUGUGAGUGAACAUUGAGUACCGAGUCAAACAAAUUUUGGGACAAAACGAACGACUUCCAACGGACAUAUAAAGGUUCUUUUUUUUAUAUCUAGGAGGUUUUAAGCUAAACAUUGCGAAAAGGUGAAAAAGCGGAUAAACUAGGGCUACCAUUAUUUUAAGCUGAAGACACUAACAAAGGAAAAAUAAAUUAAUAGAUUCAGAAGAGGACAGGAGCAGACUGAAACUGUAGUCAAGUAUAAUAGGGAUGACAGUUAAGGUGACAAGAAGCAACUUUCUUAUCUCCUUUUAGUGGAAGACAGACCUAGAGCUAAUUGCAGUAAGCUCAGUCUAGCCGUUAAAAGAACAGGAUUAGCUCGUUUGCUUAUCAGGUUAUUGAUUUUGAGUUUUGUAUUGAUAUUUUUUACUAUUUGAUAUUGAUUAUCCAUCUGUUAGAGGUUUGGUGCCCAAAUAGCUAUUUUUUUUUCUUCCUGCUUGCAUUUAACAUGACUUUGCAACAGUCAUGUGUUAGCCAUGUGGCCAUUUAGUUCUUCUCACUGGCUGGCAGUCCCCCGAUCCAACAUAGUAAGAAUUUCAAACCUGCUUAAUAAAGAAUGCAUAUUACGAA